AUUACCCCUUAAUUUAGUUCAUAUAAAUAUUUAAACUCUCUAUUAUUAUUGUAAAACUAACAGUUAUAUUAAUAUCAAACAUUCUUAAUCAGAUUAAACAGCUCUUUUAACAACAGCCAUUAAAUCCGUUUAUAACAAAGUGAGCAACAAAACAUUUGAAAAUUGUUAAAAGCGGGAGGCAACUAGUGGAAGUAAUUAACAAGCAACAAUUACGAAAUUAAAUGUUAAAAAAGUAUAAAACAACAAUUGAACACACCAACACCCACACACAAAUUCAUAAAUACAUUUAUAAAUUAAAUUGUUAUUAAAUGAAGAAAAAAUUGUAAUAAUUAAUUGUUUAUAUUUGUAGUAGUUAAACUACUAUAUUUAUUCAUAAACAUUUACUCAAACAUACGUUAGAUUGACGAAAACUGGGCACUUAAGCACGUUUGUUUGAGUGAUAAACAGGAAGCCGGAAGGAGGUGGAAGAACGAAUGUCACAACGCAAAAAUGUUAAAAAGGAGAAAAAACGCAUUAAUAAAACCUUUAAUUAAGACAAACUGCCUUCGCCUGGCAGUUUACUUCAAUAAACCAACAUUAUAACAUGACAGUUUUCAUUUUCCGAAAGGAUUUUAAUUUUACAACGAAAUUAUUUCUGGCGAUUAUUUAUGGCAUCUAUUUUGUCAGUCGAUUUCUUGGCAUUGCCUGUUUCUCCUACGAUUGCCAGCGACAGUGUGUUAAGGAAUCUUGGCAAACACGUCUUUAUAGUGGUUGUGUGCUUGUUUUUGUUCUGGCCUUUAUGCCCUUCUCCAUACACAUCCUGUAUACAGAAAUGACAUUUUUACGACAAAAUCUACUGCUCUCCUAUGUGGGUUAUAUACGUUAUGGCAUGGUGCUGCUCUGUGCACUGGCCACUCUCUAUAUGCAGCUGCAUAAUCGUAAGGCCAUCAUGGAUUGUGUCAACAGGAUGUUGAAAUCAAGAAAUAUUCUACAAAUGAAUAUUAACAACGAUAAUCGUUCGCACAAACGUGUUAUUUGGUGUAUUAUGGCGAAAUGUUUAACAAUCUUGUUGCAAUUUUUGUGGAUUAUAUUCUUAAUCCUUAAUGAUAAGGCUAGCAAACGUUUCUGGUAUCUGCUCACCCUGCUGUAUGUCCAAUAUUGUCAAUUGAUUCUGAUGACUACCUUAAAUUCACUCUACUAUGGCAACUGGGUGAUUGCCUUAAUCACUCAGGAACUAAAUCACAAAUUAUUGGAUAUUUUAAAGCAAUUAAAAUUCGUAACAUAUCAUCGUACGGGCUAUCACAAAUAUCGCUAUCAAUAUUUGUGCCAUCAACUGGAGCAGGUGCUGCAGCAACACUGGCAAGUAUACAAGUUGAGUGGUAUCUUUAUGCGUCUCUACAGUUGGCAAAUUGUUUCUUUCCUGACAUUUGUCAUUAUCGAGUGUUUAACACAAAUAUUUAUUAUGUAUUUUGUGGCUGUUGAUAUUUUAUUGGGAAACCAUGAUUUACGUCACGGUACGGCUGGAACUGUUGCAUCUGUUCGCCGUUGUCAUAAGGACGGUAUAGAUGUGUUGAACCAUAAGGAAGAGAGUAAAACUGCUGCUAUUGUUAUCAAUCCUUAUGGUAUGUUAUAUGUAUUUGGCAUCAUCUGGGACAUGUUUUUAAUAAUACUGAUGAUUGAUGAAAUGCGUUCAAGCUUUAUAAAAACACGUUUCAUCCUUUCGAGUGGUGUGUGGGUGAAGUCGCUACUAUCGACAGCGAAUCAGUUGUUGGAUAAAUGUGUAAGUGUAAUUUGUUUUUGUUUGGCUUGUCUGUUGACAUUUCGUAAACGUUUGCGUCGAUGGUGGAUUGGUAAAGAAGUAACAAUAAACUUGAUGUAAACUAGAAGUAACUAAAAAUGCUUAACUAAAGAACUAAAGUAAAA